AUGUUUUUUUUUUUUUUGGCUUAUACCAUCAUUCGUUCUUUCAUUUGUUCACUCGUUCGUUCGUUCUUUCUUUCUUUCUUUCUUUCUUUCUUUCUUUCUUUCUUUCUUUCCUUCAUUUUCUCGACGCAUCUCUGUCUUUCUGUCUGCCUGCCUGCCUAUCUAUCUAUCUAUCUAUCUAUCUAUCUAUCUAAUUCUUUCGUUAAUAGUUAUAUACCUUUUCUCUUUAUAUUAUGCGUUCUCAUUCUUUUUCUUUCUUUAUAUUAUACUCUUUCUUUAUUCUUUCUUUCUUCCUUUCUUUCUAUGCUACUUCAAUCUUUAUAUGCUAUUCCUUUCUUUCUUUAUAUCUAUAAUUAUACUAUUUCAUUUUUCUUUAAAUUUAUGUUAUUUCAUUCAUUCAUUCAUUCAUUCAUUCAUUCUUUCUUUCUUUCUAUGUAUAGUAUUUCUUUAUAUUUAAUCAAUUUUUUCUUUCUUUUUCUUUAUAUUUCUUUCUCUCUUACUCCUCCUCUCUAUAUGAAGUUUGAUGUCUUCAUUUACAUGUCUAUUUACCCAAAUCUAUCUAUCUAUCUAUCUAUCUAUCUAUCUAUCUAUCUAUCUAUCUAUCUAUCUAUCUAA